AUGGGGGACUCUCCCAGGUUCAUCAUCGGGCAUCACGACUCGAAGAGGCCUAUCCCGGUCACUGCGGCAACGAUACAGGAUGCCCAUGCUGCAAAUUAUGACAUGGUGACUAGCCCUAUUACAACACCUCACUUUCAUUCUCGAGUCUUGACACUGCUGUCCUCGUCGCUUUCAUCCCAUGCAGGAGGCGACAUCACCAAGAACAGGAACGCCUCGCCUGUCGUUGUGACGCCUUUAAAUCCCGCUGAUACUCCAUUGACUCCCGAUGAGUCCAUCAGUCAGAUCAUUGGUAUCACCAGUUCCUGGAUCGACUUGGGAUCACCCGACCCCAUCAUUGCAGACGUGUCUCGACAGGUCCUGCAACUGGAACUAGCAUAUGCUGCUUUCUGCGGAGUUGUCUAUGCUUUGAUACCUGGCCCACGUCUCCGAGGCCACGGUGCAUGUGAUAGUGGAAUGGCCCAGUAUGCGAGAGCUCUCGUGGAUGCUCUAGCACAAGGGCCCUAUAUGCAGCUCUAUAUAUGGUUUCCUAUGAUCGACAACUCAACGGAACAAGAGGAGCAGAUGGGUGACCUGGCUCCAUUUGCCCGACCGCAAUAUUUGGAUCAAGCCGAGGCCGAAAGCAACAGAUUGGAUUUGUUCGGGACUUGGGAAGCUUGGGACAUGAUUAGAACGAUAUGUAACUAUCCUUCUAGAUUAUGUGUAGCAUUGUCAGUACCCAAACUGCUCCCGCCUGUGCCUAUCCAGUCUCGAUGGUACUCAGAACCCGUUCGGCUCAUCACCCUAGACAAGCACGUCUUCACCGCGAACGCCAAAGGAUACCCCGUUCUGACGCGCUCUCACCAAGCAUUCAUAUGGAGAUUUACCCGACUCCGCACAGCACCAUGGUUUCUUCUUUGUGACAUUGGCCCUUGCGCGAGCAGCAUCACAAAUGGAUCAGUCGUGGAUCCAUCUACUGCCAGCAAAGCCUUUCCCACCCUCGCCCAAGCAGCAGAAUCACCUGGCCUCAAAGACCCAACUCCGCAUCUCUCAUAUAUGCGGAAUUUGCAGACCAAACAGCCUAUACAAACAGCCCUUGACCGCUUCGGCGCGGGAUACCAAGACUACCUACAAGCACCUCUUCAACCACUAAGCGUCAAUCUUGAAAGCAUCACCUACGAAGCGUUCGAGAAAGAUCCCAUCAAGUAUGCGUGGUACGAACGUGCUAUUGCCCGGGCUCUGCAUGACUGGAUUGAACAAGCCAAACCCACCUCCAAUCCUGAUGGGCGGGUGGUGGUCGCCGUGGUGGGAGCAGGUCGAGGCCCAUUAGUGACACGUGCUCUGAAAGCGAGUGAAAACGUUGGAGUCGAGAUUGACAUGUGGGUCUUAGAAAAGAACCCAAAUGCGUUUGUGCUUUUACAGCAGCAUAACGAGACGACGUGGGAAGGCCGUGUAAACUUGGUGAAGUCUGACAUGAGGACGUGGAGGGGACCGAUUCGAUCAGCAACGAAAAGUGCACCUAAUCGAAUCUAUAACACAGUGCCAGAAGAGGACGCCGACAACGAAUGGCCUAGACCAGACUUCAGCGCGACUCAGCAAUCACCUACAGGUCCCGCAACCCUCGACAUAAUCGACCCUCUCGCUACGGCACCUGAAACCACAACCCCGAUUCCUUAUAAGAUUGACAUCCUGAUAAGCGAACUGCUUGGCUCGUUCGGAGACAACGAGCUCUCUCCGGAGUGCCUUGACGGCGUGCAGCACCUGCUGAAUCCGGUGCAUGGUAUCUCCAUUCCAGCGUCAUACACAGCUCACAUUACACCUAUCGCCACGCCCAAGUUGUAUGCAGACAUCAUCCACGGCAUGAGCCCAUCGAACCCGAGUGCGACCGAAACACCGUAUGUCGUCAUGCUAGAUGCCAUUGACUACCUUAGUACGGCGACAAUGGAUACAGAUGGGCAGGUAGCAAAUUCACAACCACCACACAGUCAAGCCUCAAGCCCGAUCUCGCCGUCCGGAACAGCAGGGACACCGUACUCGAAAGCCCAUACGCGAUCCUCGCAGACUGCAUCUCCCGCUCCGGCCCAGAGUCCUCAGCCACCGACCCCAACCCCGAUAAUCCACCAAACAUGGGCCUUCCAUCACCCGAAUUCGACCCUGCCGUCUCUCACCCCCUCAACAGUGGGACCAUCCGUAACUACCGAGCCAUCGCUAUGCAACGCUCAUAACGCCCGCGUGUGCACAUUGACGUUUCCCAUCCCGAACCGUGGGACAUGCCACGGGCUAGCGGGCUACUUCGAGACCGUGCUCUACCGUGGGGUUGAACUGUCGACGAACCCGAACACAAUGGAUCACAAGAGUGAAGGCAUGAUAAGUUGGUUCCCUAUCUACUAUCCCUUGAAGAGCCCACUGUACCUGCCUGACGACUCCGAAUUGCAAUUGACCAUGUGGCGCAAGACCGACGACCGCAAGGUCUGGUACGAAUGGCUUCUCGAUGCGUAUGCCUAUCUUCCUACUUCACCUGUUCCGGCUCCUUCUCUGUCCCGGGCUCCCACGCAGAAAGCAGGCACAGAAGACAGCGGGAAGCGCAAGGAACGAGCAGCUCCGCCCAUCUCCGUCGAGCCACCCAAAGCAGGCCAGGCGAGUGCCGCGGCAGUCCGAAAGGGCAAGAAGAUCCGGAUCGGAGGCAGCGAAUUGCAUUCUUCAGAGAAGGAGGCUUGUCUGAUGUAG